AUGGUUUGGUUGGUUUUGGUGGCUGGAGGCCAUGCUUCAGGGAAGAAGUCGGUUUGUGAAAAGCUCAGACACGAGAUUGGGGAGAUCCAAGGUGAGCUGAAUCUAGGUAUCCACCUCCUUGACAUGAAGGCGUACCAGGUUCUCGCCUACAAACCAGAUGUUGAUUUCGACGGGUUAAUUCAGCACAUCGACCAACUGGACAAGGAAGACGCAGAGUCCAUUGUUCUUGUCUACGGCAACUACGCCUUAUUCAACCAAGAACUCCGUGAAAUGGCCAAUGUCAAAGUGUUUGUUGACACUGAUGCGGACUCUCGCCUUGCUCAGUGGAUCCUACGAGAUGUAGCGCACGGUAACCUCGAACUGGCCGUAGUUCUCAAAGAGUAUUUGGACAAGGCACGUCCCGAAUACAUCAGAUACAUUCAACGCACGUCGGACUUUGCUGACGUUCUACUGCCCAAGGGUGCCAAUUCUUUGGGCGUGCCUUUGAUUGCCUCUUCGUUACUCGACCAGAUCAAGAGCCAGAGUUUGUCUAGCUCGUCCAAGUCUUUUUCCAAGUCCCUGGACAGUUUCGAUUUGCGCAAAGAGGUUUUUGAAGAGGACUUGCAAUACUAUGCGGCGAUUUAA